CUUAGUUUCUAAUAUAAAGUAAGAUAAAAACUAUCUAGUUACUAAGGAAAAAUUCUUUUUGUUUCUAUCCUUUUGUAUUUAAUCAAUUCAAUAAGAUGACUUCAUUUAGUUCAUAUUUUGUUUGUGAUUAUAUAAAACAUUCAAUCAUACAAAAAUCAUUUAUCGAAUCAAUCCUCCUAUCAACGAUUGGAUUCAUUCAUAAUCAAUCAGAUAAUAUCGAAAAAUUAUCGUCUACUGAUUACCUUUUAGAAAGAUAUAUCAAUAUGACUACUACUAAUCUAUCAUCAUCAUCAUCUUAUGUUUAUUCAACAAAUAAUCAAAAUGAUCCAUUGAAUCUAUUCAACAAUAAUGCUCCAUUGAAUACUUUAUUAAUUCCUGUACAAUAUGAUUCAAUGUAUCAUAAUAAUAAUAAUAAUACUAAUAUUCCAUUAUCUGUUAUAAUGAUGAUAUGUCAAACAAUUGAAUUAAUAUGGAAUUAUAUACCACCAUUAAUAUUUUUUAUUGGUACCAUUGGUAAUUUAUUUUCAUUUUUAGUAUUUUAUAAACGUACUACAUUAUAUCCAUCUACACAUAUUUAUUUAUUAUUUUUAGCAAUUGUUGAUGAAGGUGUAUUAUGUAUUGGUUUAUUACGUAGAUGGUUAGAUAAAUUAUUAUUUAUACGUAUAGAAGAUAAACAUUGGUUAUUAUGUAAAUCAAUACAAUUUAUUGGAGUGACAACAAGUUAUAUAUCUGUAUGGAUUAUUGUAUUAAUUACUGUUGAACGUACUAUAGUUGUUAUAUCACCAAUCAAUUCAAUUUGUAUUAAUCGUAUUAAACGUUCAUAUAUAUCAAUUAUUAUUUUAUGUAUUUUAUCAUCAAUAAUAUGUAUACAUUUUUUUAUCACUGUUAACUUAGUAACAACAAAUUCUAGUUACUAUAAUCAAAAUAAUACAAAUUUUCCCUUAGCAACUAAUGAUUAUUAUUUAAAAUUCAAUAUUAAUAAUAAUACUAUACAAUUAUUGAAUAAUAAUUUACAUGAUUUAAAUGAUAAUUUAAUAUGUGAUUUUUAUUUUAUAUUUAAACAAAAUGGUUUUCAAUCUAUAUGGAUAUGGAUUGAUGCUACAUUAUAUAGUUAUUUACCAUUUAUUAUUAUAUUAAUAUCAAAUAUAAUUAUAUUAAUUCAUAUACGUUGGGCUACAAAACAACGUGCUCAUUUAAUUGGUAAAUAUUCAUCGACAAAAUUUUUAUAUCAUCAUUAUACUACUGAUAAUAAUCUUAUUCAUCAUCAUCAUCAUCAAAAUAAUAAAAAAUUACGUAAUUUAUCAAUGAAAAUGAAUCAAAUUGUUCAUUCUAAAAAUCAAUCAUCUUCUUUAUGUUCAUCAUCAUCAUUAUAUAAUAGAAAACAUUUAACAUUACAUUUACAAAUGAUUACACCAUAUAGUCCAAGUACUGAUUCUUUGAAUAGUUGCCAUAGUGAUGAUUUACAUAAUAAUAAUAAUAAUAAUAAUAAUAAUAUUGAUAUAUUUCAUACAACUAAUCAUAGUCUGAUUGAUAGGAACUUAUGUAAAUGUAAACAUCCAAGUGUCAAUAUGCAAUUAAAACCAUACAACGAUAAUCAUCAUCAUCAUCAUCAUCAUCAUGUAAAAGGUAUUACUAAUAAACCAAUUAAUCUAAUUACAAGAUCAUCUCAUUUAUAUUCUAAUGAAAUGCGUCAAUUAACUAUAUUAUUAAUGUUAAUCUCAUGUGUAUUUUUAAUGACAACAGCACCAGUUGUAUUAAUUAAAUUAUUAUUAACAUGGAAACAACAAUUUCUUAUACAUAAUAUGAUACUAUUAGAAUUAUUUGAUAAUAUAGCUGAAGUAUUAAUGUAUAUAAAUCAUGCUAUAAAUUUUUAUUUAUAUUGUGCUGUUGGUUCAAGAUUUCGUAAAGAAUUAAAAAAAAUAUUUGAUUGUGAAUUAAAAAAAAGAAAAUAUUAA